AUGAAUGCGUUCAAUAUUUAUCUCUAUCUAUCUCAAUCUGCUCACAUCUAUCUAUCUAUCUAUCUAUCUAUCUAUCUAUCUAUCUCAAUAAGUUCAUUUCUAACUACCGAUCCAUUUCAGUCUUCUGACAUCUAUCCAUCUAUCUAUCUAUCUAUCUUUCUAUUUUCCUAUCUAUCUAUCUAUCUAUCUAUCUAUCUGAGUGUGCCCAUUAUCUAUCUAUCUAUCUAUCUAUUUUUCUAUCUAUCUAUCUAUCUAUUUCUCUCUCUUACUCAUUGUCCUUUCUUUUCUCUCUCACGUUUCCUCUUUUCUUUCGUUCUUUCUUUUCUUUACACAAAUUCAAUUUCAAACACGGUCCGGCUGCAACAGAGAUAUUUACUUUCUUCUUCUCUCUUGAUUUCUCUUUUCUUUCUUCAAACUCAGGCUUCUCUAUCUAUCUAUCUAUCUAUCUAUCUAUCUAUCUAUCUAUCUUCUGUUUGUAUCUAUCUAUCUACUUAUCUAAGUCUUUUCUUAGUCUUUUCUUAUCUAAGUAUGUUCGUAUCUAUCUAUCUAUAUAAUCUGUUCGUAUCUAUCUAUCUAUCUAUCUAUCUAUCUAUCUAUCUAUCUAAGUCUGUUCGUAUCUAUCUAUCUAUCUAUCUAUCUAAGUCUGUUCGUAUCUAUCUAUCUAUCUAUCUAUCCAUCUAUCUAAGUCUGUUCGUAUCUAUCAAUCUCUCUAUCUAUCAAUCUCCCUAUCUAUCUAUCUAUCUAUCUAUCUAUCUAUAUCUAUCUAAAUAUAAACCUAUCUAUCCUAGUCUGUUCAUAUCUAUCUAUCUAUCUAUCUAUCUAUCUAUCUAUCUAUCUAUCUCAAUCUGUUCAUAUCUAUUUAUCUAUCUAUCUACAUAUCUAUCUUUGUUCAUAUCUAUCUAUAGUACUCUGUUCAUAUCUAUCAAUCUAAGCCUUUUCAUAUCUUUCUAUCUAACUAUCUCCGCUUGUUCAUAUCUAUCUAUCUAUCUAUCUAUCUAUAUUCAUAUCUAUCUAUCUAUCUAUCUAUCUCUAUCUAUCUAUCUAUCUAUAUAUAUAUAUAUAUAUAUAUAUAUAUAUAUAUAUCCUACUAUUCUGUUCAUAUCUAUCUAUCUAUCUAUAUUAGUCUGUUCAUAUCUAUCUAUCUCUAUCUAUCUAUCUAUCUAUCUAUUCAUCUAUCUAUCUAUCUAUCUAUCUCUAUUAUAUAUAUAUUUAUCUAUCUAUCUAUCUAUCUAUCUUUCUUUCAUAUAUCUAUCUAUCAAUAUCUAUCUCUGUUCAUAUCUUCAUCAUCUAUCUAUUCCUUUUCAUAUCUUUCUAUCUAUCUCCAUUUUUCAUAUCUAUCUAUCUAUCUAUCUAUCUAUCUAUUCUAUCUAUCUAUCUAUAUAUAUAUAUAUAUAUAUAUAUAUAUAUAUCUUCUAUUAUCCAUUAUCAUUCUAUCUAUCUAUCUAUCUAUCUAUCUAUAUCUAUCUAGUCUGUUCAAAAAGAAAUCAAUCUAUCUUAAAUCUUUUCAUAUUCAUCUAUCUAUCUAUCUUAUCUAUAUUGAUAUCUAUCUAUCUAUCUAUCUAUCUUAUCUUCAAAUCUAUUAUAUUUCUAUCAUAUUUCUAUCUAUCAUCUAUCAUCUAUAAUAUAUUUGACUUUUUUUUUUCAAAAUCUUUUCAUCAUAUCAUGUUCAAAAAUCUUUUUUUUUGUUUUUUGAAUAUCCUCAAUCACAUCUAUCUAUCAUCUAUCUAUCUAUCUAUCUAUCUCAAAAACACAUCUAUAUCUAUCUAUAAUAUAUUAUCUAUAGCAUCUUCUUUCUUAAUUAUGCUCAUUCAUUUUUAUUUUAUUAUUUUAUCUAUCUUCUAUUAA